UAUAUAUAUAUAUAUAUAUAUAUGAAUAUUAUGUAGCUUUGUGUUUUUGGUUUGUACAUUUUUCUUGUCAUUGGUUGCAGAGAGGAAACCAUGGCGAUUGUUUCGAUGGCCUCCUCUCUUCCUGCGAUGAACCCCCGCAGCUCAUUGCGAGUCAACCGCAGAUACUCUGGUAUGGCGUUUGCAAUGGGAGUGAAAGUCACGGAAGGGGAAGGUAAUUUGCCCAAAGUUGUGCUCACUUCUCCUCAGGGCAGUGAGGCGGAGAUAUACUUGUUUGGGGGUUGCAUUACAUCUUGGAAAGUAGCAGGUGGUAAGGACCUCCUUUUUGUCCGGCCAGAUGCUGUGUUCAACAAGAAAAAACCUAUCAGUGGAGGAAUUCCACAUUGUUUCCCCCAGUUUGGACCUGGCCCAAUGCAGCAGCACGGCUUUGCAAGAAACAUGGAUUGGUCCGUUGUUGAUUCAGAAAAUGUAGAAGGCAAUCCUGCUGUAACCCUUGAGCUAAAGGAUGGCCCUUAUAGUCGAGCCAUGUGGGAUUUCAGUUUCCAGACUUUAUUUAAGGUGGUCCUAAACGAAAAGAGCAUUUCCACUGAGCUAAAAGUUACAAACACUGACGAUAAGCCAUUUUCAUUCAGUACUGCUUUACAUACAUACUUCAGAGCUUCUAUAAUAGGUGCAUCUGUGAGAGGUUUGAAAGGUUGCAAAACUCUGAAUAAAGAUCCAGAUCCAAAGAAUCCGGUGGAGAGUAAGGAGGAAAGGGAUGUGAUCACUUUUCCUGGAUUUGUAGAUUGCAUCUACCUUGAUGCACCUGGGGAGUUACAGCUCAAUAAUGGGCUGGGCGACAUAGUAUCUAUAAAGAAUACAAAUUGGUUGGAUACUGUUCUGUGGAACCCACAUCUGCAGAUGGAAGCAUGUUAUAGAGAUUUUGUUUGCGUUGAAAAUGCUAAGUAAGCAUUUCUAGUGAGAAGUUUUUGUUAAUUUUUACAUGUGCACUCAGAUUGGAAAUGUCCAGCUAGAGCCCAAAUCAUCAUGGACGGCAAACCAGUUUCUCAGCAUUGUCUGAAUUGCUGAAUGCAGCUUGUACCACUUAAUAAGUUCUGGUAGCGAGAGAUUUUUUUUCUUACUUUCUCAUGUUAUUAGCCUUCUUGGUCUCAUUUUUAUGGAAACAAUAAAAUAUUUUUGUAUUCAAUCUUGUAAUCCUUUUAAGCUGUAACGAGUAAUUCGGAUAAUCAUGGAUUCUCAAUAAUGUAAAAUUCAAGUUGUUGCA